UCUGACGUCUCGAUCAGGCCUGGCGGCGGCGUGGGGGAGCCGUGGUAUGGUCGUGUCCUGGUGCUUUUCCAUUACCAGGAUGGGGAGGUGGAGAAGCGCGGGGCGUUCAUCCAGUACUACACCGAGGCGCAGAAGCCUUGCCCCAUCACCAGGUGCAAGCGCCUGACGCCAACCUUGGGCAUCGACAACUAUGCCGUUGUGGACGUGGACAGCAUCCUGAGCCUUGCACAUGUGGUUCCGUGCUGCACGGACCCGAAGUACCGGCUCGUUAACCGGUUUCUUUUCUGAACCACCGGUUGCGCUCUUAUUUAUGCAUGACUUUGUUUAAAUUGACCUUGUCUUAGAGGUUGACAAUUGACCAUUCAUCCCCUGGCAGGCCAUUCAUCCCCUGGCAGGCCAUUCAACCCCUGGCAGGCCAUUCACCCGCUGGCUGCACCUCAUGGGGAGCAACGCAGCCCCUCACUUCCUCUCUCCCCACCUUGCAGCUUGAAGCUCAAACAUCCAAAACAGAGCUUCCAUGCGGAAAGAGUCACUCUUGGCGGCCAGGGAGCGAUCCCGUGCCUUACUGGGGAUGCAAGUCGCAGCAGCAGCAUCGUCCACUCUCACCCACUCCGCGAGUUCCGCCACUCAUUCUGCACCGCCUCGCCGCCCACCGUCCGCUGCUCCGCCUAGACUUGCGCCAUCUCAGCCGCCCCUUUCCGCUCGCUCCUUCUUCCCCUUGACCAUGGCGCACGCUCUCUCCCGCCGCAUGCUUUCCCCCGCGCUGCCUUGGCUCGCUCUAGCGGCGGUGCUGAUGCUGGCGGGGACGGCAGGGGUGGCAACUUUGGGGGGGGCAGCGCCAGGUCGGGGGAGGUUUGAGGGCGGAGGGGGGGACUUUGUGCACAGCGAGGGCCCACGGGGAGGGAUUGUUGGGGAAGAGGCGGUGGCGGCAGAAGGGAGGGUGGGGGUGAGGCAGCAAUGGAUGAGACGGAUGCUGAGAGCGGGUGAAGGGGAGCGAGGGGAGAGAAACGAGCAGCAGGGCUCUAGUGAUGGCAUGGAUCUCCAUAGCACUGCUGCUGCUGCCCCUCCUGCUGCUGCUGCUUUUGUCGACCCUUCUGCUGCUGCCCUUGCUGCUGCUGCUGCCCUUGCUGCUGCUGCUGCAGAUGAGGCAGCAGUUGCUGCUGACGGUGGCAGUGGCAGCGGCAGUGUGUGGGAGGGCUGAGCAGUAUGCAGCUGGCCAACGCCUCCGGGUCCUCUCGUCCCUUCCAUCGGGUUCUCGCCUCGGGUGCCGCGGCAGUUGUGGCAGCACCAUUACAACCACCAACACUGCCCGCAGAGUGCAGGGAUGGCAGCGCCGAGAAAGCAGUGGUGGUGACGUUCUUCCGCUAUGACCAAGUUGCCUUCCCCAGCAACCGUCUCGUGCAACCCAAACACCCUUAUGAGGUCAUUCUGACCAACACGUGUCAGCAGCGGGCCAUCUCUCGCCUGAGCAUCAACAUCAACAGUGACAUAUUUCGCUCCUACGUCCUCAUUCCCUGCUUGCGCUUCAUUGGAUAUGGCAUAGAUAAACACAACCUGCUGUUCAUGGUACUCCCUCCCUGGGUGCACCCGACAACUCGGUGAUAAUCCCCCCGGGUGCCACUCUCAAGUUCAACACCACUGUAUCGCUCGACUGGUGGUACAACAUCACUGUUAUUGCUGCCGACUUCUCUCGUUAAGUCCCUGUACUCUAAGUCUACCAUUGCAGAUGGCUGGCGCUUUCCGACAAUUGUUGUUGUCAGUCAACCGCAUCUGACACUUGGGUUGGAGGACUGGCAUUGUCUAGUCUUGCGUGGAGUCAGAACGGCUUGCUACCAUAUUCUCGUCAAGAUUUUCCGCAGAAAAAAGUGGCAAGGUCUGGCACGAAAACCCUGUGGUAGGAAUGAGAAGCCUAUCGUCCAAAUCCCUGCAAAAGGAACGAACGAAUGGCAGGGUUUGUUAGAGUAGCGGGAAGAAGUGUGACUAGGAAGAGGGGAAGGGAACAGAGCUUAUCUUUGACUUUUCAGAACUCUGAUCUUCACCAGUACCUCUAGCCAACUCUGAAAUCCAGGGUGCCCUGGACCUGGAACUCUGAUUUGCCAGGGUUUUGUGCCUUGUCAGAAAAAAAAACCCUGUCCGCCUAGAAUU